AUGAGAGGACCAAUUAAAUCAAGUUUUAUGUACAGCUCAGGAUUUAUACAAGAAACACCAAAACAGGCUAAAGAAGAAGCCAAAAUUGACCCAGCUCCAGUCGAAGAAAGACCCAAUCCUGUUAAAGCAGGCAAAAAAGCAUUCAGAAAAUUUGCUAACAAACUAUCCAAGUUUGCCCUCGAAAACGGUGUUAAAAUUAGAAAACGAAAGCAAACAUUACAUUAAGAUUUUGCCCAAACCCAGAGCUUCCCGCUGCGGUUUCGUCACACAGGGCCGAUCUGCUUUGCUGCACCAGGGCGUGCCUCCACGCAGUGUUGUCGACUGAGACAGCAAAACGAAAGCAAACAAAUAAUCUUAUCUCGUCUAAAACAGCUUGGAAGAGGCGAAAAAAUCCCUCUUGAAGUGCUUCAAUUAGCCCACAUUCUUGCUGAGCACAGAACUAAGCCUAAAUUCUACAAGCUCGAUUCCUGCAAAUUAGACCACUGCGGAGAGUGCAUCAGGGAUUUUUUUUUUAACAAAGACAUUUGUGAGCACGGCAAGAACACUUUUGAAAAAGAAAAAUCAGAUAUUGCUGUACUGAUCACUAAACUAAAUGAAACUUAUAAAAUUUGCCCAGUCUGUAAUGAAGGAAAAGACGAUAUUGAGUUCUCACUAGUCAGAUCUGAAGGCUGCAAUGUGUGUGAUUCCUGCACAACUCAGAAUUGCAUAAAUAACGUGAAGGAUUUUUAUAAUUUAAAGUGUCCAAGAAUAGGAUGUGAAAAUAUAUAUUCAGGGGAAAUUAGAGAGAUCCUUAAAUAUGCUUUGGCGACACUGCCAAAUAAAAUAGAAGUGCCACCGCCUCCUGGAAAGAAUAUUAUCUGCGUGUUUUGUAAUAGUGUAGAUAAGAUCAGAGAAAUUUGUGAGAAGGAAUGCUUGUGCUGUGAAAACUGCGCACAAAACAUGAAAAAUAAUAAUGUGGAAGUGUGCCCAGUUUGUGGGUCGAGAGCGUCACCAUAA